GUAGUCACGGUGUCGCGGAUACGCGUCGACGUCUGUCGUAAAACAGACGUCGUUGAACAAAAAAAAGUAGAAAAAUAAUUAUUUCUUAUACAAAAAAGGAUGGUUUAGUGUUUAGAGCUACCGUAGUGUUUGUUAACAAUAUUUUUUUCAGUGCAAACGGAUCGAGGCCAGGAUACGUAAACGAAAAUGUGAAUAAAAUUAAACAAUAAAAUUAAAUUUAAAUUUGAUUAAAAAAAUCAAAAAGUCCUUCAUCAAGACUGACUAUAAAAGAUGAAAUGACACAGCCGAGGUGAAACUUUCGCUAUGGUCGCUUAUAGCGCCUUCACGCCACGAUGGCCGAAGACGAAAAGAUACCACCGACAUUUCUCGAGAAACUCCUGUUCUACACAACAGCUACCUUCGUCCUGCUCGCCAUCUUCAGUCUGUUCGCCUUCUUGUUCUUAGUACCGUUUGUGAUCGAGCCCGCGUUCACCACAAUAUUUAUGCAGUUUGAUCCAGUGGGAGCGCAGUGCGUGACAGCUCAAGUAAAGCAUUUGGUUGGAGCCAGUAAUUGCACCUGGGCAUCUUGUAGAGAAGGCUGCACUAAGGAUCUGUAUGAGUGCACGCAAAUCAGGGUCAAUUAUAAACUCGGUGACUACGGGAAUAUCACUGAGAGUGAAGUGGAAAACCUCAUUAGAGUUGAGAGGGCUCUGAGGAACGAUUACGAAUAUGAAAACUACGAGGUAGCCGGCGAUAAAACUUAUCCCGAAAUGACCGAUGAACAGGAGCUGCCUGACGCUCUGCCUACAGGUCUGCAAGGAAACGACUCAGAAUGGUACUUCACUGGAGCCAGGCUGUUUCCAAACGUGAAGGGAUGUGGUUAUCCUCCCAUAUUGAAUUGCACUAUAUUCUACGGAAAAUACAGGCCUUUGGGCACCAACUAUACAUGUUACUACAGCCGCGUGGACCCCGGUCUCGUGAUCACUGACCUGGACAUGUGGCAGAACACCUUGAACCUGGUAUAUGCGAUGGCAAUACCAAUACCAUCCUUCAUCAUCUCUGUGAUUUAUCUGACGUUUGCUUACUUCAAAAUCUACAAUACUGAGGAUGAAUCGGAGCAGGCGCCGUUGAAGAGUGAUGCUGAGGCGAUGGCGACCGGUGAUGAUGAGAAGCCUACCACUCCAGGCUCAGACACCUUUAGGGAGGACCUGGCGUGCUUCGGACACCAGCUCAAGAUGCAGUUGGCUAAUGAGAAGCCGAAGGAAGGAUUCGAGUCCAACAGUCCACCUAUCUCUAAUUCCGCCUCGUUGUCUGGGACCAAGUCUUCAUUCGUGAACGCCUAGUGAGACAAUACAGCAUAAAACGCAUAGAGAUGACAGGAUUCCUGAAGAGGGGGCAUUGGCUACAGAGUUCAUCACGAAAUGAGGUGAACAAAAACGAUUUAAGAAGAUAUAUGUGCUCGAUAUUGUGAUUUUGAAAACACACUUGAUGCAAUCUGUCCCUCUCACACUCUAUAAGAGAAAGAGGUAAUACGAGAUUCAAAUGACCCGCACAAGGUCAGUAAACGGCGAAAGAAUUUUUUAUAAAGCGUUGUGAAAAUACUGAUACUAAAAAAAAUGGUGAUGGUGUUUUUUAUUGACAAAGACAAAUGUUUGAGAACAAUCAUAGUGCAAACUUAAAUAGAUACAGUUUACAUAACCAACGCAAAUUAAAUGUUGCUCAACGUCAAGGAAGAAAAAACACCAUCACAAAACGCCAUAUAUUAGAAAUAACAAAAAUUUUAUCUCCUAUAGUAAUUAUUGAUAAAAAAAAAUAAGAUUUUAAAAUAUUACGCUCGUACGCUAAUUGUGUCAAACUGCACGCGUGCUAUGAUAAAAAAAUAUAUAUUCCAAUGUAUACAUCUUAUAAUAUAAUGUAUUUGGCUUUGAAAAAGAUCGAAGAGGGAAAUCAUAAUAAGCCUUGUGUUGACAACGGCAUUUUUAAUUUUUUAAAGUGGGGAAGUAUUCGUAAUAACGUCCCUAGAGUGGGAAAGUCCCAGAAUGUCAUCACAUCCAGUAAUACACCUUGCUAUUACGGAUAUAUGGAGUAGAGUUGAUUGAAAUGGUAUUCUAGCUACUGCCAUUCAAAUUUAGUUGUAAGCGAGAAAAGUUAAUCCCACUUCGAUUUUUAUCAAUUAAAAUUUAUUUAACUGAUAUUACUUUAACAAUAGAUAUUAAUAAAAUUUAUAAUUUAAAAAACAUCGAUUAUAUUUAUAAUCCAAAUCAGUACAAUUCUCAAUAUCAUUUAAUUUAAGCUAUAGUUUAUUUAUUACUGUUCAAAAAUUAACGAUAAUGUAGGUAGCCAUGUUUUAUUUAAUAUAAUAAUAUAAAUUAGUGCUCAAAGAUUAAGCGACAAAUUGUAAUGUACCUAGUCCGGCUUAGAUUAUUCUUUGCGGCUUUGAGAUGUUGACUGAGUGAAAUAAAGCCAUUACGACUUAUUAUUAUAAACAAUGAUCCUGUCCAUGUAAUGCCAAUUAUCCGAAAAGUUGUCCGAACGUAAUGAAGUCCAUGCUUCCCUGCGGUGGUACACAGUUCAAAUAGAACUUGGUAUUCAAAUACAAUAAAAUAUGGCUUCGAAUUAAUUUGCGUCAGAUGAUUAUAACACAAGAAAUAAUUACUCUAGAUGCACAUUUAAGUUUUAAAUCGAAAUAACGAUUAUUUCGAGACGAGAUGUCUUUUUCAAUGAUAACAAUCGGCCGGCAACGUCGAUAGUCUGUUUUGAACUUUUAAGGGCUCUUCAAUGAAGUGUCGCUGAGAGAGUUAAACAUGAUUUGAUCUAGAUAUCGUAGCGCUGUGGGGAAUAGGUUUAUUUUCCUAUUUCGUAGUACAUUUACAUGAACUUUAUAAUUUUAUUUUGCCGUUGUAUUAAAACAGUAUUGUGCGUCAAUUAGACAUAUAUUUUGAUAAAAAUAAUUCCAAUCGAAAACUGCUUUACUAAGCAUUAUUUAAACGUCAACAUUUAGUUCGGUUAGUCAACACCUCAAGACAAUUGUAAGAAGCACGCAAUGCUAUUUAUUGGAAGUCCUUGCCAUGCCGCAGUGGUCGGUAUUGAUUCUUCCGUCCCGAGCCUACGCUAUUAAAAAAUUCAUCAACACAGUCCACACAGAUCCGUACCGACUCAAAACUUACCGAAAUAGAAUUAUAUUAAUCGAUAUUUAUAAUCCAUUAAAGUCCAUCGCGUCUGUAUUUUAUUCUUUGAUUUUUUCGUCAUGGAUCAGUGAAUUCGUGAACCCAUUAAUAAAUUUUAAAAUAAAAUGUUUUAAUUCGUGAACUAAAAAUUAAUUUUAACAUUAAUGUUUUAUUAAAGAUGUAUUUUUGCUUAAUAUUUUUGUUUAGUUUAUCGUGCAAACAAUAGCAAGAGUUUACAAUAUGGUAUUUUGCAAACAAAUAAUGGUUGUAAAAUUGAGUCAUAUUGUUUUUCUUUAGUAAUAUUGAUUAAAAGGCUUGUGAAUAUUGCGUAUGUUAUAGAAAUGUAAAAAUAUAUAUGCGCGGAGCAUUUUGAGCGUAUUUAUUUUAUAUUUUGGGACCAUAUCUUCAAGGUUCCGAUUUAUGAAAAAAUAUUUAAUCUAAAUUUCAAUUUUUUAAUUUUAAUCAUUACCAAAUACGUCAUUACCGUUGUUAAAUAUAAAGAUGUAUUUAUUAUGAGGGUGUAAGGCACGAUGUAGACUGGAGAAAUUUUAGUGUCGCAAGAACCUACGCACAUUACCUAGUAUUAAUAUUUGAUGCUAUAAUGAUAAGUGAACGCCUAAAAUAGAUGAAGCAUAUUUGGUUGAGAAACAACACUUUAGACAAAGUUUAAGAUAUAUUAAACAAUUUAUGUUCAAAGCGACUGUUCUUUUGAUGAAAUUUACUUACGUAAGCUACUGCCUCAUUUUGAUCAAUAAUUGCUAGCAAGAAUCGUACGCAAUAACUGAUCUGUGUAUUUUUUUUUCUUUUUUUUAUUAUUUAACAAAAGGCAUAAUACAGAACAUAAACAUUAUAAAGAAUACUUAAGCACUAAAUUACAUUAAGACUAGAUUGUAUUCCUUAAACCUAUGCCCUAAUUGAAAUUAUACUACGGAAACGACUCUACAAAAAACAAUUAACAAUAUAAACAUCUGCUUAUACUUAAUUGAGUUAUAUAAACAUAAAUUGUAUGGAAACUAAAUUGUACUACCUAUAAACUACUUAAUUUUCGAAUACUAUUUAAAAAUAGGCUAACAUUAUACAAGCCUCAUUUAUUUAGAGAAUGAGGCUUGUAUAAUGCAAUCAAGUAAUCUUCUAGUACUUUUAAACGACUUUCAAAAAAAGAGGUGGUUUUUAAUUCGUGUGUUUAUAGUUUUAUGUAAUUACACUGAUUAUUACAAAGGGAUACUCUAUGUGUUGUAAGGGAUACUCUAUGUCUCUAGGGUUGGGAGUGCCUAAAGUGCUCACCCAAAACUCCGGUGUGUUUGAAUAAGCCGACCUUUGCCAGAGUCACAAACGUAUUGUAAGGUUAAACAAAAAUGUAUUAUAGUUUGACUAGUUGCGAUUUUUUUUAAUUCACUUCUAUUUAUUUAACUCUAUAUUUAAAUUUAAAGACUACACAAGAAGCCCGCCUUCGUUUACUCUACAAUUAGAUUUAAAACACAAGAAACCCUCCUUCGAUGUAAAAAUAUUUUGAAAUUGGUAUACUAUCCUCUAAAAAAUAGUAACUACCUUUUAUUUGGCAAAUAUGUUUCCUACCUUAUCACCAAGAAAGUUGUUUUUAAUUUAUUUUUGUAAACCAAAAAAAGUGAUAUUUUAAAUGCAAAAAAUGAUAAACAAAAAAAUAAAAAAAAUCAUACUUUAAAUGAAAAAAAUACGUCUUCAAUUUUUUUUCUUUUACUAGCUUUUAGCACUCAAAAUGUUUACAGUGUUGUUUCUUGCCAAAUUUAGGAUUAAUUUUGAGUUAAAAGUUACAAGAUUUUAACGUAGAAUGUAUGUUAAUGGCUCUUCAAAGUAUGAUGGAUCGAACUUCCAUUUAUAAGUGACAACUUCUGACAGUUCAAUAACAUCUGACAGAAAGCUUAUUAGUUACAGUCAGCAACGAAAAUAGGUGAAUGAAUUUGAAACUCCAAAUUGUUUAAACAUUCUACAUUCAUGUGAAACAUUUCUUUUUUGUCUAAAUAAAGUCAGUUUUCACUUUGUAGGUAUAGAAAAAAAAUUGGUAAUGAUGCAAAAUUAUUUAGACAGGCGAUUUAAGGUUUUGGAUUUAUCUGGACAUUUUUGUGGCUGAGUGUACUUUAUUAUUUUCAAGUGUUAAUAUUUUAGGCCCUUUGUUGUCUUACGAAAUCAAUGGCAAUUCGUGAAAUUUUUAUAAAGAUUACUCUUUUGGGAUGUGUACCUUACAUUCUACAUUAAAAUCUUUAUUUACAUUGUAAUUAUAAAAAAAACUUUGUUAAGUAAUAUAAUGGAUUCAAUCAAUGGAUUAGUUUAUACUUUAUCGUAUUGGUAAAAAAGAAACGUAGAUAAAGUCUAAAAUAUAUAAAAAUAUUUUUUUCUUUUUAUUGUUUCAAAUAUCGAAUAAUUUUGAUUUAAACCUUUUUGAUCAAAAUUACACUGUUUUUUUUUUGUAAAAUUUUAGUGGAAUUGUUUUAGCCUACGUUUUAGUAUCAGAUGUAGAGUAAGCCAAAAGCAAUUCACAAAAUAUCAUUCGAAACUUGACGUCAAAUUAAUUUUAUAAAAUUUAUUUUCUCCUGUAAACGUCUGAAUUUCGGUUGUGUAUUAUAGAAGUUUAUGAAUUUUAGGAGAUAACUUAAUAUAAUAUUUCAAUCUCAAGCUUGAAAGCGAGAAAUUGAUGUCAAUAUAAUAAUUUUUCUCUUCCGUCUUUACUUGAAAUAAGCUAUUGACCAAUAUUUUCCUUGCACUUAUUUUAUUCUAUUCUUAUAUUUUUUUACAAAAUGGAGCGGACAAAGCUAAGCUCUAUGUCAUCAAUAUAAAGUUCAAUGCUUAAUGGCUUGAAAAUUUAAUUGUAUAUAAGUCAAUGCCAGCGACCAUGUACACGGUUUUUUAGUCAGACAAAGUCCACCUAGAUGUAUUUUAUAAAACACGUUGUUUUCAAAAAUUAGAUAUUUAUAAAAAUAGAUCGUAAGUGCAAACUAUUAGUAGUACGCAUUUGUAGGUACACGUGCAUAUUUAGAAAUUUUAUAAAACCUGUGUAUAGACGCAAACAAUAUAUUGUCAAAAAACUGAUGCGCCAAAUCAGUUAAAAAUUCUGUCAUAAUUAGGCUUGAUGUCCUCUUUGUUCGAAUAUUUACAAAAAAAUCACGUUUACCAAUAUCAGAUCCUUUUUUUGGGUUUCAAUGUUUAUUAAUUAUACAGGCUUAAUCUAUAAUUAGGCAUAGGCAGUUCAUUUCGAGACGUUAUCAAAAUAUCUGUCCUAAACAUGGAUGCGCUGGUCGCUCCUAAUUGAGAGGUUAUAAAAGAGAAUUGCUUCAGUGAACAAUAUGCAUGUGUACCUUAAAACAGGUUCUACAAGUUAUAGUACUCUGGAGAGGUCUAUUUAUACUGGUUUAUCAUAAAUUUUAAUCAUACUAUUGCUAAGUACUCGAAAUUGUAAAAUAGCUAUAAAAUAAUGAAAUAAAACGCGUUAAAUGUGUAAUUCGUGAAAUACCCUAUGUGUUUUUGAUAAGUUUUUAUACACUGUUCUAGAGAAAGUGUCUCUGUAUUAGUUGUUGACAGUAUAAAUCAAUUUCGCUCUUGAACAGACUCUUAAGUAUACAUUAAACUCAUAAAACUAUUUAAUAAACAAAGCUUAAGUAGUUGCUUAGGAGCUUAUUCCCAACUGAGUCGGCAUUGUUUAAUAAGCAAAGCUGUCAAAAUCCGUCAUAAUUCAGAUAUCAUUUGAGAUGUUAAUAUUUGUUUAUUAAAUAGUGGAUCUUAAGAUUCUGAAGUAAACAGCCUCUUAGCUGAUAUGAUACUUAAGAGCGUAAUUGAGUUGCAUUUAUCAAUUUCGUCAUUUUACAGUAUUCACUAGUUUUAAUUCAACUCUGAAAUACGCGACGACAGUACCGCGACUUUAUAGCUCUCAUUAUAGUAGAAUAAUUUUCAAAAAUUGCUAAAUAAAUUCAAAACUUCAAAUUGCUUAUAUAAUAUUCUGCCUUGACAAAACUUUAUGCUACUUAAGAGACUAUACAGUUGACUUUAUUUAAAACAUAUAUUCCAACUAACGUAACGUGCACAGAUGAUUUGAAGUUGUAAAUUGUUCAGCAUAUUUUGUGGCUGACUGUACGCAACGGAUAUACGCGUAUAGAUAUUAGACGUGUCAAAUCUGUUUGAUCAAACCUAACAGUUGGUUGAGUUUUUAUAAUGUGAUUCGGUUCCAUUCAUUUCUCUUUUUGCGAACCGUAGCACCAUUGACAGUGAAUAAAUAAAUGGUUUUGAUGUAAUCGUAUUAGCAACAAUUUAUUAUUACUUUUAAAUGCAUAUUUUUCGUUUAUAUUUUAAACAUGUUAAAAUUUGUAAAAGUACCACGUAAAACUAUUUUUUCACACAGUAUUAGACUCUUAAUAAUCUUUAGUCUAAUUUUAAAUUUAUUUCUUCAAAGCUUAGUAAAAUUACUGAUAUUUAGUGAUUUUGAUAGUGAAGGUGAGUACCUACGUGCUAUGUCAUAAUGGGAAAUUGUUUUUUAUUGAAUAUGGAGCGCAUUUAAUCAAAUCUUCAACCACAAAAUUUAUUUCACGAUUGCCCGCAACCAGUAUAAUUAGACCUCUCAUGUAACUUAUACGACCUGUGAUUUACGAAGUGUGGCGCAAAAUUUAGCUAAAAAGCGAAAUGUUUGAAUUAUUAAUGUUCGUCGUAUAUAAUAAUGCGUUUUAAUUUGUAACUGUUGCCUUAUGACCGUUUUGUACAUAAUGAGAAAAAACGUUGGUAGGUAAUAAAGUACACUUAUUGGCUUCGA